UCAACUUUUUACAAGGCAUUGGUUGCUCUCUCUCCCUCAAGGGCUUCUGGCCUAUUUGAUCAAAAUGGCUAGAAGAACUUGGGGAAUACGACCAAACUGUGCCCUUGCUGAUAUCAGUUUCAGGUUACAUAGGGUCCAGUCGGAUCCGCUGCCUCUUCGUUUGUGCGUAUCGUUGGAUCGUUCGCACGGAAGAGCCGAGGCGUGUUUUCACCUCUCCCUCAAUGGCUUCCAACAAUGAUGCGUCGUCGCGCGAAUACGUUGCCUGGGGUCCUUGAGGAGAGUGGAGAUGAGGGCGUCUUGCUCAUGCAGAUUCCGUUUUGUGACAGCAUAUGCGUCGUUUCUAUUUGUGAACCUUGAGUCAUCGAAGUUUGACAAGGAAAAAGGGGGCAUUUAAGUUCUCUCGUCACUUGACUCGAGCAUUAGCAAGCCUGUCCAUUCUCCCAUGGAGCACUCUUCUUUCACAAACUAUCUUAAAUGAAGCUUUGAAGGAACGCGGGCGUGGAGAGAGAAGUCGACUUCCCAGUUCCAGUUGCUCGUCUUCCUCGUGAUUUCGACAAUGGCUUCUUCUUCACCUCCUCCUACGAAGCGCCGUCGCGAGACCGGCCCCUCGCCGCCGCCGCCGCCGCCGCCGCCGCCGCCGCCAGCAGCGAUCGAGAGAUCCUCCCCUGUGGUGGUCCUCGCUCACGGUGCUGGUGCACCUUCUUCCUCCGAUUGGAUGGUUAGAUGGAAGGAGAUGUUGGGCAAGGCACUGCAUGCGGUCGAAGUUAUCACCUUUGACUACCCCUAUAUAUCUGGUGGGAAACGAAGAGCUCCUCCCAAGGCCGAAAAAUUGGUUGAGUUCCACUUAGACGUUGUCAGAAAGGCUGCUGCUAAGUAUCCUGGCCAUCCAUUGAUUUUAGCUGGGAAAUCUAUGGGUUCAAGGGUCAGCUGCAUGGUUGCUAAUGAGGAAGGUGUUUGUCCAUCUGCAAUAGUUUGCUUGGGAUAUCCUCUAAAGGGCAUAAAUGGAGCUAUUAGAGAUGAGACUCUCCUGCAGCUUUCAGUUCCUGUAAUGUUUGUGCAGGGUAGCAAAGAUGGCCUUUGUCCCCUGGAAAAGUUGGAGGCUGUCCGUGAGAAGAUGAUAUCCACUACUAGGUUGUAUGUAAUUGAUGGUGGUGAUCACUCAUUUAAGAUUGCAAAGAAACUUUUGCAAAGCUCAGGGAUGACCCAAGAUGAAGCUGAAGAUCUUGCUGUCCAAGACAUUGCCAAAUUUGUUUCCAAUGUGAUUAAUGAAAGAUGAAACCUCAUGUCAUAAAAGUUCUACAUGCUAGUGAUUUGAAGGUUGCACUUUCUUGCCUUGCCUCGCAAAUUUCGUCUCUUAUUCGUAUCUCUAGUAUUUCAGAUUUUUAUCAUGGCAACUACCUAAUCUGCGCUAUGAUUGUUUGUUGACGAUGGAACAUUGCAGCCUGCUUGAUUUAUCUCUACCAUUUUUCCCUAAAAUAGAAUCAAUUCUUUCCUCAAGUUCAAGUCUUCUUGAUAGGUUGAUCCAUAGCUAUGUGGGGGUACAUGCUGAGAGAGAGAGAGAGAGAGAGAGAGAGAGCUUUUUUUUUUUUUUUUGGGUUGGGGGGUUGGAGAAAGAUCUGUACUUCAUACAUUACAUAUAUGAUGAUUGUAUAUCAGAAGUUAUUCUUACAUUGCAAAGUCCUCAUCCUUGUAGCCAAUAAUGGAGACUCACAUUUAUUUAGUUUUUAACAUACUUUCUGAUAGUGAGGCGAAGUUUAUUCCCUUGCUUUGCCUUCUGCUUUUCAGUGCUGCAGACAUAAGAACAUAGAAAAUAAACAGUUAUGUUGAAUUGAAGAAAUUUAAGUUAGCUCUUGAUAAACACGUCAUUCUUUCAUUUUAAAGUAAGUAAGCUAAAGAAGUGUGCUUAAACAUGGUUUAUUGCUAGUUACUGGUGAACAUAAUCUAGUAUAUGUAAUCAAAUCUGUAGUGUUAAUUGUGUCAAGUCAUGAAUUUUAUCAUAAGCAAUUUAUCUGGCAGUUGGGAAAGGAGAUCAUGAAUGCCUGCUUAGAGAAGUUGAUGAUGCAUAUGAUCAUUUCAUUGGACUUGCCUUUUCACAACAGGCAUCAUUGUCACUCUCACUGUCACUGCUGCUGCUGCUAUCAUCACUUCUGCCAUCCCGAUUCUUUUUCUUGAAAAGGCUCUUCACUUUGUUCGUCUUCUCAGCAAUCUUUUCUUUCAGGGACAUUUCUUUCUUCCCAUGGCAAUCUACAUUGUGGGUAUUGCCACUGCUGUGAGUCUGCGCUUUAGGAAUAGCAUAUGAUUGGCCACUGCACUGGGUCUGGCAUGCCACCACAGUGUAGCCAGCCUCUUGUCCGUGGUGACCUUCGAGAUGUUUAUAUUCGCUGCACGAUUUAAAUUCCUGAUGAGUCAUCUCAGUUGUUUGCUGGCCAGGCAUGUGCUCAUAGCUUUUCUGUUUGCAGGAUUGUUCAGCGGUUUUUUGCAACUGGCAGGAGGCCAUGGUGAAGGGUUAAGCUUGUUCUUCGGAGUUUGCUGGGUUUCUCUUGUACUCGCUCAAUUUUGAUCGGUGCCAUGAAACGAUUAUAUAGCCAUGGACUGUGCAGUAGAGUGAAUGAGAUUCCUUCACCUUUUCUGAUGACACUACACAAUUAUUCACCAAGUUGGGAUGGAGAGAACUUAUUCUGUUAAAAGAUGCAAUCGAACAUUCCUUCUCCUUUUCA